AUGCAAUGUCUCAUUUUUUAUCAUUGUCAUUGUUUAGAUGAGUCUGAACAGGGUACAAUUUAUGUCGAUCUAUUGAAGAAUGUGGAGAAAUACACGGGCUACAAGGGUGAAUCAUCUGCCCGUGUUUGGAGGUCGAUCUACUUGGAAAAUUUGGAUACAACAACUUGCAAAGAAAAGCGUCUUUUCUACAGACUCAUUUCUGGUCUCCAAACGAGCAUCAGCCUUCAGCUCUGUUACAAUCACCUCUUAUCCGGUUUCCUGCCUAAGGAGAAUGUAUGGGGACCAAGUGUAGAAGAGUUUGUGCGCCGUUUCCAUCCGGCCUUGGUGCCUGAGGCCCUUGGACGUCUGCGAAACCUAUUUCUCGCCUACGUAGUGGAGAUGCGGGCUAUCGCCAAGGCGGCGCCAUACCUCAUGCAACAAGCCUUCUACACUGGCGAUGCGGCUACCGACACCCGUACCAGGAGCAUGGUGCUUGAUUUUCUUAGUGAUAUCGAUGCUGUCUUUGAUGAAUCACAGCUUUUCCACGAACCUGGGAAGGAAAUUCUCGACCUUAAAGAGGAAUUCCGUCUGCGUUUUCUGAACAUUACUAGAAUCAUGGAUUGCGUUGGUUGUGAUAAAUGCAGGAUGUGGGGGAAAUUGCAGAUACAGGGUAUAGGUACCGCCCUGAAGAUACUUUUCAACAAUAAUCUCUUCAAUAAGUCAAGAUGUUGUUUUGCCCAAACGCAACCAAACGCUCAACUUAAACGGUCGGAGAUCGUAUCCCUUUUUAAUGGCUUCGCAAAGUAA